ACGUGACUCGGGUCAGAGGUAGCUCGAGUUCCACGGACAUAAUAUGGCAGGGUCGUCGAAUAAGGUAUAUGAGGUGUUUGUGUCUAAAAUACCAUGGACUCUUGCAAGCAAGGAGAUGAAGGAGUACUUUGGGCAGUUCGGUCAAGUCAAGAAAUGCCUUGUUCCCUUUGACAAAGAGACAGGCUUCCACAGAGGCUUCUGCUGGAUCGGAUACAUGUCCGAGGAAGGCCUGAAUAAUGCUCUCCAGAAAGACCCACACGUACUGGAGGGAUCCACGCUUCAAGUUCAAAGAAAAAAAGUGUUUUCAGGACAGAAAACAAACAGAGAGGUGGUGGAGACAAGCUGAGGGUGUUUGUAUAUAUGAGGGGUGAAUUCAAUACCUAUGGAAACAGAACUAGGCCACCCAACAGUAUUCUUUUUUUUUUUUCAUAGUAGUAUGUCUUCAUACAUUUAUUGUAAUCUGUCAAAAUAAAGAGACACAAUGUUUGUUUUGCA